AUGUCCACUUUCUCUACAGUUCGCUUGCCGCAUAUUUUGACGACCGAGUCGUUCCAGAUGCACUCUCAGCAGUAUCCAUGCCAGGGUUUCGGUGGCAUGCCGCAUGCUGCCAACUACUCGACUUCAGCCAUGAUUCCGUCGCAGGAACGCAUGGCACUGCCUCCACUCAAUACCCUACCUUCACGCGCGUUUACAUCUUCAAAGUGCUCAAAGAGUGUGGUAUCCUCUCCAGCCGCGACGCUGUCGCACCAGCCUGCUCAAUCACCAUCAAAGAAGCGCCCGUUGGCGGAGGCGGCCAGUAUUUUCGGCAUCUGUAUGACGCUAAUGAAGAAGAUUUGCCGUAAGAAUGGCGUACCACGUUGGCCACACCGUCAGAUCCGAGGUCUACGAAAGAGCAUCUGGUCCAUCGAGAAAGCUCUGCGUUGCUGCGAAUCGGAAGCUCAACGCAAUUCAUACAACGAUCACCUCCAGAAGCAGCGAAUGAAGCUGAUGACGAUUCUCAAAGGUCCCACUUGCCCGAGCAGCAAAGCUGCUUUCGAGCUUGUACUGUCUGAACCGUGCUCUCCUAUAAGUGAGCUGGCCACCCCUAUUGCAGCCGAGAAGACUAGAGGUGUGCAGACUUCGCCAGUGGUCAACUUCUCUGCUGCCAGUCCAGUGUUUCUACUACCGACAGCGUACUCGCAAACGCCGCAGAACUUGUACUCAGCGCAGCAGUCCGAGACUAGUAACAAGUCACCGAAGCUGCCGGCGAUUGCUUCGCUUUUGAUAAAGAACGAGGAGCAGCGCACCAUCUUCAGCUACAAGUUAUAA